AUGCUCAUAUACCCUUGGUUUGAUUGGGCAGUAGAGAGUGUCUUAGGCGAUUCACAAAGUCGUCUUAGUGCGAUCUUUGGUCUUCAGCAUGUUCCUUGGCUAGCUAGAUGGGAGAAACACGGAGAGGCAGUAGAGCUAAUAGGACCCAAAGAGUUUUUAUGUGCUGCUGUCUCCCCUCCUUGUGCUCGCUCAAUGGUGCAGCUGCUGCUGCAGUUUUGCUUCGAUCAGCCAUGCAAGUUGCUGCCUAACUUCUUAUGUCUUACUCUUACUCCUAGUAAUCAAAUCAUACAUCCUGCUAGAUAUUACUCUAUAUUUAAGGAUUGGGAUGGCACUCGUGUAUACAAAGAGAGCGAAAUAUCUUGGGGUUUAUACACAGAGUUUGAUGAGGAAGCAGCAAAAUAUUUAGGUUUAUUGGAUAAAGAACUUCAAUCAAUUAAGAAAGCAUUAACAGAUAAAUAUCCUCAAUUGGAUUUAAGUACUGUUUUACCCAUUCAAGAAAGAAUUAUUCAACAAUAUGGUGAUGAUGUUAAAGAUCGCAGCAACUUACAAAUGGUGGUUUCCUCCAACAGAGGAUACGCUUCUUGCAGGACUCCCGCCAUUGCCGUCGGAGGAGGAUUUCAGCCCAAUGUUCAAGGAAGAUUGUUUCAAGAAGAUGUACCUAGCGGACUUUGUGUAUUAAGAAAUAUUGCUGAUAUGGUUGGUGUACGUACACCUACAAUAGAUAUGAUGAUUGAAUGGCACCAAAAGUUUAUGAAUGUUGAAUUCCUUAAAGACGGAAAACUUAACCCAGAAACAAUAAGUCUAACAACAGCCCCAGCAAGGUAUGGUAUAACAACAGCAGAUCAGCUUGUUGCUACUGCACUUAGAGGAUGCAGUGCAGGUACACACUAA